UCGUCGUCAUUGUUGCUCCAUUGCCGGCAUCGUGAUAACAACCUUUCUAAGUGUUAUAGAACUCAUAACCAGACACUACUUUUAUAAACUAAAUUAUUUUUUUUAUUAAAUUGUGUAAUUUGUGCAAAUUUUUAUUUUAAAAAUGCGAGAGUGUAUUUCUGUUCAUAUUGGCCAAGCUGGCGUACAAAUUGGAAAUGCUUGUUGGGAAUUAUACUGUCUGGAACAUGGAAUUCAACCUGAUGGUCAGAUGCCAUCUGAUAAAACAAUUGGUGGCGGCGACGAUUCAUUCAAUACUUUCUUCAGUGAAACUGGAGCAGGAAAACAUGUGCCACGUGCUGUUUUCAUUGACCUUGAACCCACCGUAGUAGAUGAAGUACGUACUGGAACAUACAGGCAAUUGUUUCAUCCAGAGCAAUUAAUUACGGGGAAAGAAGAUGCUGCAAAUAAUUAUGCACGUGGGCAUUACACAAUUGGCAAAGAAAUAGUUGAUGUAGUUUUGGAUCGUUUACGAAAGUUAGCCGACCAAUGUACUGGACUUCAAGGAUUUCUUGUGUUCCAUUCAUUCGGUGGUGGUACUGGAUCAGGAUUUACAUCAUUAUUGAUGGAACGUUUGAGUGUUGAUUAUGGAAAAAAAUCUAAAUUAGAAUUUUCUAUUUAUCCAGCACCACAAGUUUCUACUGCCGUGGUUGAACCAUAUAAUUCAAUUUUAACAACACAUACAACAUUGGAACAUUCCGAUUGUGCCUUUAUGGUUGAUAAUGAAGCCAUUUAUGAUAUUUGUCGUCGUAAUUUAGAUAUUGAACGUCCAACUUAUACAAAUUUAAAUCGCCUUAUUGGCCAAAUUGUUUCAUCAAUUACUGCAUCAUUACGUUUUGAUGGCGCAUUGAAUGUUGAUCUAACUGAAUUUCAAACAAAUCUAGUACCAUAUCCACGUAUACAUUUUCCAUUAGCAACAUAUGCUCCGGUAAUAUCUGCUGAAAAAGCAUAUCAUGAACAAUUGACUGUAGCUGAAAUAACAAACGCAUGCUUUGAACCAGCUAAUCAAAUGGUGAAAUGUGAUCCAAGACAUGGGAAAUAUAUGGCAUGUUGCAUGCUGUACAGAGGUGAUGUUGUUCCCAAAGAUGUGAAUGCUGCAAUUGCCACAAUAAAAACAAAACGAACAAUUCAAUUUGUUGAUUGGUGUCCAACAGGUUUUAAAGUUGGUAUUAAUUAUCAACCACCAACAGUAGUACCUGGUGGUGAUUUAGCGAAAGUACAACGUGCCGUUUGUAUGUUGAGUAAUACAACUGCAAUUGCUGAAGCAUGGGCUAGAUUGGAUCAUAAAUUCGAUUUGAUGUACGCAAAACGUGCAUUUGUUCAUUGGUAUGUAGGCGAAGGUAUGGAAGAAGGAGAAUUUAGCGAAGCACGUGAAGAUCUUGCAGCAUUGGAAAAAGAUUAUGAAGAAGUUGGUGUUGAUUCAGUUGAAGGCGAAGUUGAUGAAGGUGAUGAAUAUUAAAAAGGAAAAAUAGACAACAGAAAAUCAAUAAAUCGAAAUUGUCUUAUGGUUGUGCCUUUUUUUUUAUUUUAAUAAAUACGAUAUUUCGAUAAAAUUGUCAAGUGACGUAGUAUAAAUUACAUUACUUGGUGACGUCUAUCCCAAAUCAGACGCAUUUAUUGAUUUGACUGAUAUGUAAGCCUGUUGUUGUUUUCGUUACUGACUCCUACUACCACCUCCUUACUCCUUACUAAAACGAAUAUUAUAUACGUAUACUAAAGUUAUAUUCAAUGCCAUACUUAAUAAAUAAAAAAAAGUUUUAUGUAAUUUUAAAUAAGUUUUAGGACUUAAUA